AUGGCGGCCGCCAAGUCCAUCAUGUCCAUGCGACAGUGGGCGCACAUGGAGGCUGGGUUGGGUUCCAGUGGCAUCCUGGAAUUCAUCUCCAUGGCAACCAAAGAUGAUUUGGAUUCCAAUGCGGACUUCAUCCGAUUAGCAGACAAGUAUGUUGAGGUGCCUUCUGGGAAGAAUGUGAACAAUUACGCCAAUGUGGACCUCAUUUGUCAGAUUGCGCGCAGUGAACAGGUCGAUGCCGUUUGGCCAGGCUGGGGUCAUGCCUCGGAGAACCCGCGGCUUCCGGCGAAGCUCAAGGAAUUGAACAUCACCUUCAUUGGCCCCUGCUCGCCUGUGAUGUCUGUCCUGGGCGAUAAGAUUGCCGCUGGGAUUUUGGCGCAAACCGCAGGCGUCCCGUCGAUUCCCUGGAGCGGCGACGGCCUCACGGCCCAGCUGACGGCGGAGGGGACCAUCCCGGACGAGACCUUCAGGAAGGCGUGUCUCAACAGCGUGGCCGACGCCGUGCGCUGUGCCGAGCGGAUCGGCUACCCGGUGAUGCUCAAAGCCUCAGAAGGCGGUGGAGGCAAGGGCAUCCGAAUGUCCAACAGCAAAGAGGAACUGGAACAGAAUUUUGUUCAAGUCCAGUCAGAGGUGCCGGGAUCUCCAAUCUUCAUGAUGCAAUUAUGUACAGGUGCACGGCACAUUGAGGUGCAGAUCAUGGGUGAUCAGCACGGGCAAGUCGUGGCGCUAAACGGCCGCGACUGCUCCACCCAGCGGCGCUUCCAGAAGAUCUUCGAGGAAGGGCCACCCGUGAUCGUUCCAAAGGCAACCUUCAAGGAGAUGGAGCGCGCGGCGCAGCGCUUGACGCAGUCCAUUGGCUAUGUGGGUGCCGGCACCGUGGAGUAUUUGUACAACGCGAAAACCAACAAGUUUUACUUCUUGGAGCUCAAUCCACGACUGCAGGUGGAGCAUCCGGUGACGGAAGCCAUCACCAACGUGAACAUGCCAGCAACGCAACUGCAGAUCGCGAUGGGCAUCCCAUUGGAUCGGAUGCCACAGAUCCGCGCCUUCUAUGGCCUCCCCGAGAAGGACCGAACGUCGCGCAUCGACUUCAUGAAGCAGGACUACGUGUAUCCCAAGGUGCAUUGCCUGGCCGCGCGGAUCACGGCCGAAAACCCCGACGAUGGCUUCAAGCCCACGAGUGGGAAGAUCGAACGCAUCAAGUUUCAGAGCUCCGUGGCCUGCUGGGGGUACUUCUCGGUUUGGACACAUGCAGCCAUCCACGAGUUCGCCGACAGCCAGUUCGGGCAUCUCUUCGCGCGGGGCGCCGACCGGGAGGAGGCACGGAAGACCCUGGUCCUGGCACUGCAAAACCUGGAGGUGGUGGGUGAGAUUCGAACCCCCACGGACUAUUUGGUGCAACUCCUGCAAGCAGAGGCCUUUCGUGUGAACAGCAUCGACACCAGCUGGCUGGAUGGGCUGAUUCGCGAGCGAGCUGUACGACUGAAGUACGAGCAGACCGACGUGGUCUUCUAUGCCGCCGUCCUGCGUGCCUUCCGUGCGUUGCAGGCCAAGGAUGCGGAGCUGGUGAAGUCCAUCGAGAAGCGCCGCUUGGGGCUCUUGCAUCAGGUCAAGGGCUCCUGUUCCAUGAACCUGGAGAUCACCUUCGAGGGCCUCCGCUAUCACUUUGACGUCACCCGGGUUGCACCGGAUGCCUUCCUCUUCAAGAUUUCGGGCGGACCAGUGAUCGCUGCGCAGGUGCGGGAGCAGCCCGAUGGAUCGCUCCUUGUCUCGAUCGACGGCAGCGUGCGGAAGAUCUCGGGCACCGAGGAAGCAUUGGGACUGCGCCUGCGCUUGCAAGGCGUGGGCACCGUGCUCCUGCCCACCGUUUUCGACGCAUCCGAACUGCGUUCCGACUUCAAUGGCAAAGUGAUGCGAUACCUGGUGCCCGAAGGCGGCCUGGUGAAGAAGGACGAGGCCUACGUCGAGUUGGAGGCCAUGAAGAUGAUCAUGCCCCUCAAGGCACGGGCCACUGGCAAGUUGAAGCAGCUCAAGGGUCCCAACAGCAUCGUCCAAGCAGGUGAGCUCUUGGGCACCCUGCAGUUGCAGGACCCCAGCAGCGUGCAGCAGCUCAUCGGCUUCAAGGGUGACUUCCAAUUGCCCGCAUCGAAGGCGUCUGGACUGGACUCUUUGGGCUACACUGCGCUGAAGAAGGCACUGCUGGCCUUGGACGGCUUCGAAUGCCUGGGAAGCGCAGAGGACUUAGCGCAGGAGAUCUUCCUCCAGGAGCUGGGCCUCAGCGAAGAGGAGAACACUGAGCAACAGCUCCAGGCAGCCACGCAGCUCUUGGAGUACUACUUGCAGGUCGAGCGGCGCUUUGGGCCACUCAUGGCCGGUGGAGAGGACUUGGCUGUGAGUCAAGUCCUCCAGGACAGUGAGCCGUCAGGUUUCACCGUCCAGCUGGGACUGCUGCGAGCGCACAGCCAGCUGAAGCUCCGCAGCGAGUUGCUGGCCGGCGUCAUGGAGCGCUUGAAGAGCUUGCCCGUCCACGAGCCGCGCCCCAGCGACGACAAGCCUAGAGCAGUGUCGGAGGGCCUCCUGAACCGAGAGGUCUCGCAGAAGACCUUGCGCCACAUCCGUGAAGAAGGCCACUGGAAGCGCUUGAGCGAGCUGUUGUCCGAGCUCUCGGAGAUGCCCAGCCACGGCCACUACUCCCCGGUGGCCCGGCGCGCUGCCUUUGUCAGAUCUUAG